AGUAUUGCAGUGACGAUCGGUGGGCCCGUCGAUCAAGAUUACGCCCUGCUCAAUCUUACCGACGUGAAAAAGGACACCCGGGAAGAAUCUUGCCGUUGUGUCGGUUCCCCCUAUAUUUGUUGAUGCCUGGCGGUCUAUAAGUUGGUCGCGGGUUCAUACAGACUACAACCCACACUAUUUACCUCCACAACAUAGCUCAACUGACACAUCAUGAGCGCUCCCUCAGAUCCCCCGGCGGCCGUUUCUGCGCCAGUCGACAAUACUCCAGCUGUCAACACGUCACAAACCACCCCUUCUGACCCGUCACCUUCAACCCCAGAGGCUGCCCCUGAGACUACCGCAGAACCCGCCAAGAUUGACGAUAGCUUCGAGUCCCAACUGCCAUUGUCCGCCGCAGACGGACUCAUCCAGAAGCCCUUCCCUCGCCCCCUUGACGCGGCCAAACCAACACCGCUUGCGCCGCUCACUCCCGACCAGGAAGCGAAAUACAAGGAUGUCUUCAAAGCGGUAUCGGAAUGGACCACGGUCCCGACCACGUCUGCUAAGAAUUCCCCGACCGCUCCCAUCACCGAGGACGAACACAUGUUCCUGACCCGGGAGUGUCUGUUGCGGUACCUGCGCGCGACCAAAUGGAAUGUCGCAGAUGCCAUUGCGCGACUCCAGCGCACGCUUACCUGGCGCCGGGAGUACGGCGUCGAAAAGCUGACGGCUGAGUACAUCUCCGUUGAGAAUGAGACGGGAAAGCAGGUCAUUCUUGGAUACGACAUUCACGGACGCCCGUGCCUGUACCUCCUGCCAUCGAACCAGAACACGGAAACGAGCGACCGUCAGAUCCAGCAUCUGGUCUUUAUGCUGGAGCGCGUCAUCGACCUGAUGGGCCCGGAUCAGGAGACCUUGGCGCUCAUUGUGAACUACAAGGAGACGAAGUCGGGUCAGAAUGCUAGCCUCGGUCAAGCCAAGCAGACCCUCAACUUCCUCCAGAACCAUUACCCUGAGAGGAUGGGUCGGGCAUUGGUUAUCAAUAUGCCCUUCAUGAUCCUCGGGUUCUUCAAGAUGAUCACUCCAUUCAUUGACCCACAAACCCGGCAGAAGCUCAAGUUCAACGAAGACCUGUGUCAGCAUGUGCCUGCCGGCCACCUGAUGAAAUCCAUGGGCGGCGAUGUCGAAUUCCGGUACGAGCAUUCGGUCUACUGGCCGACGCUGAACAAGCUCGCGGACCAACGGAGGGCAGCAUACAAGGAACGAUGGAUCCAGGGUGGAAAACGUAUUGGCGAGUUCGAAAAUUAUCUGAAGACAGGAACCAGCCCGAGUCUCUCCCAGACGGAGGGGACGUCGAACGGUGCAGGCGGGGAGUCACAGCCUACAGCAUGAUGUGUGGGCCUGCCAAGAUUCGCCUGUCCAACGGCAUGGUGCGAUUUCUGGGUAAAAUCUUCUUCUUCCAUUGUUUCAUCCGAGCGCCCUGCGAUUGCAUGGCUGUGGCAUAUAGCGCAUAGAUACGCCUCUAUUAAUAUCUUGCA